UUUAUAGUUUUCCUUCUUUACAUUUUAAUACUUCAACGAAUUUCCUACGCGUGGACAGUAUACAGCGUAGCAAGUUGUUUUCAGUAUAAAAUAUGCUUGUGGGGUAAUUUUUUUUGUGUUUUAAUAUAUCGCUACGACCGAAUUCACAGAGUUACCGUAAACAAACCAAUGGUGGCAUAGUUACACGAGCCUGCUAUCAAAGUUUACUUUCUUUUUUGGUCCGAUGACGAACAACUGACCUCUUGACAUUGAAUAACUUUUUGUUUCAUUAACUACAUGUCCACACGUUUUUUUUUACCUGUUUCCUGAAAUAAUCAAUAUAUAUUACGUGCCAAGAAACAAGUACCGUUCCUCUGUAAUGACGUCAUAUUAUAGAUUAAGCAGGGGCAGGAAAGACGUUUGUGUCAGUGUCAUCGUAAAUUACAAUGCAAUUCCUCUACCCGCACAGAGUCAAAACAUGGAUUCCGAGUUUGUCAAGACGCAUCUGGGUUCAUGCCUGGCAGAGGGCCUUGCUGAAGUGGUAGAGCAGCGUCCCAUGGACCCCAUACAGUUUUUGGCUCACUGGCUGUAUAAAUACAACUCCAACGUUGAAUAUGAGGCAAAGAAACAGGCCCGGUUGGCACUCGUGGAGAAGGAACGGGCCAAAGCCAGAGAGAAGGAAGCUCCGAACGAGGCGGCUGGAAAACUCUCUGAAACGGAGCCUGCAGGACGAGACGAUUGUGUGGGAGCCACAGUCGCAACUACAAAUCAGACUGUGAGGGACCCCACUGAGCCAGAAACCCAACAGGCCACUGACCAGCACCAAAGUGGACCUCUGGAGAAUGAGCAGGAGAAGUUCGGUCCAGCUGCAACCGCUGAGCCGGUCCAGACUGAAGGCGCCAAUUCCAGCCAGGUGGACCAACAUUGGGAGCUACCAGGCCAAACGAGCCUUCUUCAACCUGAAAGCCAACACACAGAGAAGAAGCAUGAGCACGCCGAGUCCUCCCAGACUGAGUCGACAUUGGAGGAGUCCUCUCCACCUGAGGCCUCCCAGGUUGAAACCACACCAACUGGGACCUCCCGUGCAGAGUCUUCACAGAUGGAGUCCAAAGCUGAGCUGGUGGAGUCCUCGCAGCUUGAUACCACCACCCAGGCAGAGUCUGACGAACCCAUGCAGGGUGAGACCAAACAGGCAGAGUCCUCUCAAGGUGACGGCUCCAAUGUCCCGGCCAUGCUGGCCAAGUCCUCUCUGGCUGAGGCCUCCCGUGUGGAUUCCGCACAUGUUGAGAGCUCCCAGGCAGACUAUGUGCAGUUGGGGUCCACGCUAGAGGAGUCUGUGCAGGCCAAGUCUAUGAAGGCUGAAUCCUCUGAAGUUGAGGUCCCCCACUUAGACUCAGCACAAGCUGAGACCUCCCAGGUUGAAUCUGCACAAGCGCAGUCCACACUGGUGGAGUCCACACAGCCCGAGGCCUUUCAUGCUGAGGCUGACCAGGUUGAAUUCACACAACUUCAGACCUCCCAGGAGCAAUCUGGGCAGGCAGAGUCCAUUCCGAUGAAGUCUGCUCAGCCCAACACCUCCAUUUCUGAGUCUGGGCAGGAGUCCUCCUCCCAGGCUGAGUCUGUGCAGGCGGAAUCCACACUGGUGGAGUCUACGCAGGCCGAGACCUACCAGGCCAAGGCCUCCCACAUCGAAUUUGCACAAAAUGAGACCUCCUUGUCCCAGUCUGCACAGGUUCAAUCUCCAAUGGCGGAGACCGCCAUGUCCGAGUCCACUCAAGAUGAGCUCGCUCACAUUGGAUCCACACACUCUGCAUCUGCACCGGUGGAAUCAUUCAUGAUGGAGUCUACACAGGUCCAGGCUGCACUUUUGGAGUCCACACAGACUGACUCCUCUCAAAGUGAGGCCUUUCACCUCAAAGCCACACAAGAUGAGUCUGCCAAGGUCGAAUCUGUGCAGGAGGAGUCUAUGCUUGAGGAGCCUGUGCAGGCUGAGGCAUCCCAGGUUGAACCAACGCAAGGUGAGAACUCAGACGAGUCUGAACAGGAGGAGGAGUCGAUGCCAAACGUUCAGUCCGAGACCUCCCAGCCUAGAUCUGCACAGGCUGAGUCCUCUAAGGCAGAGUCUGUGCAACCCGAGUCGUCCCGGGGCGAGUCCGACCAAGUGCUGCCGGUUGAAAAGCAGUUGGCAAAAACUGAAGAGGAGAUACACGAAUCAAGUCCAGGUCCUGUUAUUCAAGACGAGGAAGAGGGAACAGAACAAGAUGGAAAAUGACCACAUCGCUGCUUGGUGGUCCACUGAUGAGCCUUUAUGUUUGAAUAUCCUACGUUCAUCAUUGCAUGUGUGCCUCAAUCAAGAUGUCCUCAAUAUGCAGUAAUUCAAAUAAACAUGAUGUGCUUGUAAGAACAAA